ACCUGCUCUGGGUGUAUUUGUGAAUGCAUUGGCAUGAACUGAGUACCUGGACAAGGUCAGAAAGAUAACCCACAGAACUGUGCAGCCUGCUGUGAUUGUCAUUCUCUGUGGUUCUGCUGCUGAUACAGGAUAUUAAGGACUUCCAUCUUAUUCUGGGAUUCAAGUUCAGAUCUGCAUUCCUGGAGAGAAAGACUUCUUAACCUUCUCCUUACUAGCGCACUGCACUCUUGGCCAGUUGGCAGCCAUGAAAAGUGUGCCAAAGGACGAUAUGCGAUGCCAGGGCAGAAGAGAAGAGGAAUACUUUAGUGCAUCGGUGAUAUGAGCCACAGCCCAGAUGGAAAAGUGUUGUUUUUGACCAAUUCCACAAGACUUAUUUGGAGAUUGAAGACAAGAUAUUAUUCAUGUUUUUUGGAAAAAUACUAUCAAUCUGCAGCGGACUGAAAAAGUUUAUUUUUCUUCCUCCCUUCCAGUCUCCUCUGCAUCCAGACUCUUGCGGAAGUAACGCAACAAAAUCCUACCUCCAUCUGGUCUACCAGCACUCUGCUAUUUAAGCACAUUUACAAAUAUGUUGAAUGAUAUCAUGCAGGAGCCACACCAAUACACAACGGCCAUAUGAAUUAAACCAAUUUAAAUUAUAUAAAAGAAGAAGUGCGCGCUCUCGGCGAAGCGCAGCAUCAGCACCAGCAUCCGAUGCGCGUCCACGCAUCGGAUGCCCGAGAUCCCGGGAAGAGGAGUUGGAGCUGCGCGAGUUAAAGUUGGGCUAAAGGGGGUUGAGAGGAUGCUGCAGAACAAUCUACGAUCUAAUUAACAUAGCCUAUGCGGAGAAACGUGUCCUAAGUGAAGGAUGACUUGCAAAAUAUUGAGCAUAUGCCUCUUAUUUUUGGGUUUUCAACAUUGCUCAUCACGAGAAUGUGUUGAUCCGCUGGUCUCGGGGCUGUAUGCCUCCUCAUUCCUGGCCUCGUCCAGAUAUAACUUUCUUUACUCUGCCAAUUUUGCCAAAUUGUAUGGCAGCAGCGGCUGGUCCCCAUCCCCCAGGGACAGACAGCCAUGGCUGCAAGUAGACCUGGGCAGGAAAUAUCGACUGAUGGCCAUUGCCACCCAGGGGACCUUCAAUUCAUAUGACUGGGUCUCCAAGUACACCCUGCUCUACGGAGACCGACCGGACUCCUGGACGCCGUACAUCAUGAAAGGAGGAAACUCUACGCUGCCUGGGAACUGGAAUUAUUAUCAGGUGAAGAGGAAUGUCUUCCAUUACGCCUUUACUGCUAAACACAUUCGUCUGCUGCCUCUGGCGUGGAACACAGAGAAUGGAGGGAAGAUUGGUGUGAGGCUGGAGCUGUUUGGCUGCUCUUAUGAUUCCUAUGUGCUACAGUACAACGGGGAUGACUCAGUAGUCUACAUGUACCCAGGAAAGAGGUCCCGUACACUACAUGACCAUAUUGCCAUAAACUUCAAGACUCUGGAGCAGGAUGGUCUGCUGUUACACAGUGAGGGGAUUCAAGGUGACCUCUUCACCCUUGAGCUCAAGAGAGGCCGUCUUUACCUGCACAUCAGCCUAGAAAGAAGCAGGCUUUUCCCAAUCCUGAAAGAAAGCCGAGUUGUCUGGUGGGGAGACUGCAAUUUUUCUGGAAGCAGUGUGAUACACAAAGUUGAUGGUCGAACUACACUGACUGCUGGCAGCCUUCUUGAUAAUCUACAUUGGCACUAUGUCACCAUCAAGCGCUAUGGUCGACAGGUGAACUUCACAGUGGACAGUCAGACAGUGACAACCAUCUGUAAUGGAGAGUUUACACACCUGGAUCUGGAUACACAGUUAUAUGUAGGAGGUGUCAUAGAGCAAAAUUUGCCUCACCUGCCCACCACACCAAAUUUCCGGGGCUGCCUGGAGAACGUCUUCAUCAAUGGCGUCAACAUCAUCGACAAGACACAGAGAGAAGAAGCUGACAUCCGCAUCCCUCGAAAGAAAAAGAUGCAUUUUGCCUGCAGGGACAUUCUGCUCAAACCAAUGACUUUUGCUGGGCCCAACAACUACCUGCAGGUGCCGGGCUUCUUCAGGAGGCCUCGUAUGUUUGUCAAGUUUAAGUUCCGCUCAUGGGACUACACAGGGUUGCUAAUGUUCACGCGAUUUGCUGAUGACCUGGGUGCUCUUGAGCUGGGCCUAAGCGAGGGACAGAUCAACGUCACUAUAUUCCAGCCUGGCAAGAAGAAACUCCAGUUUGCUGCAGGAUACAGGCUAAAUGAUGGUUACUGGCAUACAGUGGAUUUGGCAGCCAGAGACAACCUGCUGACCCUUACAAUUGAUGAGGAGGAGGGCUCUCCACUAAAGAUCACCAACCCUUUCACAAUUCGGACAGGAGACCGCUACUUUUUUGGAGGUUGUCCGAAAACCAAUAACACAAUAAGGAAGUGUGAGACCAAGCUGAACCGCUUCCAUGGUUGCAUGCAGCAUAUCUUCAUAGAUAAUGAACAGCUUGAUAUUGACAUUAUUCUGCAGCGACAGUGGGGUCGCUAUGCUGAGUUGUUGUUGGGCACAUGUGGCAUCACUGACAGAUGCACUCCAAAUCCAUGUGAACAUGAAGGCAGAUGCAUCCAGUCCUGGGAUGACUUUAUCUGUCUGUGUGAGAACACAGGCUAUAAAGGAGAAGUGUGUCACAUGUCGGUUUAUAAAGAGUCAUGCGAGGCCUACAGACUCAGUGGCAAGUAUUGGUCUGGAAACUACACCAUCGAUCCUGAUCUCAGUGGACCGCUGAAACCAUUUGAAGUGUACUGCAAAAUGAAGUCAUAUAAAGCUUGGACAGUGAUUUUGCAUGACCGUGUGGAUGGUACCAAGGUGACUGGGAGUUCAAUAGACCGGCCGUAUAUAGGAGAUGUCAAUUACUGGAAUGCCUCCUGGGAUGAAGUCACUGCUCUAGCCAACACUUCCAUGUACUGUGAGCAGUGGAUCGACUACUCCUGCUACAAGUCCCGUCUCCUCAACACCCCUAAUGGAAGACCUUUUGGUUACUGGAUUGGUCGUAACAAUGAGAGUCACUAUUACUGGGGUGGAACAUUCAGAGAGGUCCAGAAGUGUGGCUGUGCUAUCAACCAAACCUGCACUGAUCCCAAGUUUCAAUGCAACUGUGAUGCUGACUAUAGACAAUGGUACUCAGAUAAGGGCUACUUGGACUUUAGAGACCAUCUGCCUGUGAGGAAGGUAGUAGUCGGAGACACCAACAGGACUGGCUCAGAAGCACACUUCACCGUCGGGCCCCUCCGCUGCCAUGGCGACAGAAACAUCUGGAACACCAUAGCCUUCACCAAGCCCACCUACAUAACCUUCCCCACUUUCAGGCCUGGCUCCAGCGCUGACAUCUCCUUCCACUUCAAAACCUAUCGUGACCACGGUGUCUUCUUGGAGAACUCUGAUGACCAACUUCGAAACUUCAUACGGAUAGAGCUGAAUACCACCCAUAACCUUGUGUUUGUAUUUAUGGUUGGUGAUGGCAUCCUUAAUGUGACACUACACUCCCCUGUGCCACUCAAUGACAACGAGUGGCACUUUGUUCAGGCCGAGAUUAAUGUGAAGCUGGCCCGGAUCAAGGUUGAUUAUCAACCUUGGGCUGUUACGCGUUUUCCAGGUCAGACCUUCGUCACCAUGAAGUUUACACAUCCUAUCCUAGUAGGUGCAGCCAACCGCACCCUGAGACCUUUCUUGGGGUGUCUUCGAGGGUUACGGAUGAAUGGUGUUCCUCUUGAUCUAGAGGGGAAAGUAAAUGAAGAACAGGGCAUAAGGAGGAACUGUACUGGACAGUGCCUCAAUGCUACCAUACCAUGCCGAAACAGCGGCCAGUGUAUUGAGGGCUAUGCUUCCUACACUUGUGACUGUAACAACACAGCUUUUGAUGGUUUCUACUGCCAUAAAGACAUUGGAGCCUACUUUGAGAUUGGCUCUUGGCUGAGAUACAACAUACGAAAGAAGCCUAUAUCAGACGAAGCAGCAUGGGCCAACUGGAUCGACCCGCAUUACGACAACUUCAGCCUCGGCUAUAAUGACACAGCAGAUGACAUAGAGUUCAGUUUCAGCACCGUUCACACACCAGCUGUGUUGCUAUACAUCAGCUCCUUUGUCCAAGACUACAUUGCUAUCAUCCUCAAGAAUGAUGGUAGUGUAGAUCUGAGGUAUAAGCUGGGGCUCAUAACACACAAGUACCAGUUGACUCACAGAAACCUGGCCGAUGGAUACCCCCACUAUGUCAACAUAACCAGACACAACAGAACCAUCAAAACACAGGUGGAUUACAUGGAGCCCAUAGUGGAAAAGAUAACCUUAGUGGAGGACGCCAGGUUUGAUUCUCCAAAGUCCAUGUUCCUAGGCAGAGUGAUGGAGGUUGGUGACAUUGACUAUGAGAUCCAGAGGCAUAAUGCUCCAGGCUUCAUAGGCUGCAUAUCUGGGGUGAGAUACAACGUCUACGCCCCUUUAAAGGCCUUCUUCCGUCCAAAUGAAACAGACCCUCCGGUAAUGACACAAGGCUAUGUCUCUGAGUCCAACUGUGGCGCCUUCCCUCCUGUCCUGGGUUAUGUACCAUGGGAGGUAGACCCCUGGUUUACUGGCAUAGAGUAUUUUUAUAUCCAUGAUGACCUAGGCCUGUUUUGGAUAACAGUCAUUGUCAUCCUGGCAUUGCUGCUGCUCUUUGGAGGCCUGUACAGCAUCUACGUCUAUGCGUAUCAGCAGAAGGGCAGCUACCGCACCAAUGAACCCAAGAACCUGGAGUCCCCCAGCAGCUCCAGGCCACUAACCGAGACCCUGAGGAGAGAAAAAAAGAACCUCCCAGAAAUUGAAGAGGAGUUCAGGAGCGACUAGCAUCACAGGACCUUUGGGACAGUGGGUGGGGUUUGACUGGGGGUUGGGGAGAGGGAAAUAGCACUUACAACAACCACAGAUACCUGUAUCAAGUUUUCUAAUUCUUUUGUUCUCUUUUUUUAUAGUUUGGUUUUUGUUCCUGUCCCCGGUUGAGUGGGAUCUGAUGCCUGGUGCUCUACAUAGUAUGUAUUUUGGUAAGGGUUGAAAGUUCUUAUCAAGCCCCAUGUUGCGUGAGUAGCCAACAAGUCUCACACUGUAUUGCAGGGUGAAAUACUGAAGUGCCUCAUCUGAGCAAGCUUGAUCUGAAGUAAUCAUAAUAGCUUAUUCAGAUAGGGUUUAGAUUAGACACUGUGGGAACAGGAUUUUAAGGGAUGUUUAAUUACAGUUGGAACAUCAGUUAAACAUAUUCAGGCUUUUGUUUGUUGAUUUUUUUUCCUGAGCCAUUUCUGAGACCGAUUAAAGCUACCGAUAUCUUACUGUAUAGAUUUAUUGCCAUCUAAAAUAUACCCUUUUAUGACAAUCUUUCAUGGAGCCAUUUUUGACAUCAUAGCUCAUAAUCCAUCUUGGGUUUCAGCAGUGAGCACAUUUGAGAACUAGUGAACUAAACCAGUACAACAAAAAUUCACCAAAACAAAGCUGGUGUUUGUGAAUGCAAACAGCCAGCUGAAGAGAGAACAUACUGACAAGCACGGAGCUUUGAGAUGUUACAUAUAAAGAUUGUAAAAGGUAUAUACGCUUAUAUUUGUUGUAUUGCAGCCUCUAACAGUACAUUACCUAUACAGAACGGCACAUGUAAGUGGUUCAGAAUUACCAUAGUGUCAGUAGAUAACAGCUUUGCCGAUCACAGUAUGCUCAGAUUCCUAACACAUUCUCAACUCUGGGGCUUCAGAAAUGAAAGUGUGAUCACAUGAAGAUACUGUACCUCUAGGUAUGGGCACUAACAGACUGUUGGUGUACUGCAGAAUCAAAACAAAAGUUGAGGUGAUGAAGCUCGCCAGAGACAGGGUGACCUAAAUAUCCAAGUUUUCAUUCCUUCUGUCUUACUUCUGGUUGCUUAUAUUACGGUCAAGCUGCCAAUAGCUCGGUGCUACAGAGUGUUUGACUCUAACAACAGUAUUACAAAAGAGUCAGUCUUCUUACAAUCCUUUCAUCCCCAAUAAUAAGCAUCUUUCAGGAAACAGCUGCUCCCUAUGGCCAUGUGGAGAAUCUACACACAUGCACACACACAAUAACAUGUACAGAGGACCACACAAGUGUAAAUGAUAAUCUUUUACUUCUAACUCAUACUGCUCGAAUAUUUUUGCAUAAUGCUGUAGGACAGUAGCCGGCCUCGCUGCUGCUUGUUUAGCUGCUUUCAGUGGAAAGUUGAAAAUUCUACUUAUAGUCCAAGUGAAAUUUCCUUCGCUGGCAAGAUGAAAUUUCGUUUGAUGUGUGGUGCAACCCAAGCUUAGGGCUUUCAUCACUCACUGCAGCUCUCCUUGACAAAAUAGCACUAUUGUGUAUGUGAAAAAAAGUAAAAAAAGUAAAACAUUUAUAACAUAUCAGCCAUGCAUUUGUAGAGCAUGACCGCAAUUUGCAGUAACAUGCAAUAAUAUGAGCUUCUUUCAACCACCAAUGAUGUUAAUGUCUCAGUUUAAUUUGCAGAUGCAAGUAGGAUAUAAUGAGUGUAUACGUGAAUAUUUGAAUAAUGUGUUAAGUGACUUUUUUAUUCCUAUGGUUUAUACAUAAGUUAAAAACAGUUAAAUGGAGUGUUUUGAAUGUAAAUCCUCUGACUCUGUAAUGUAUAAGCAGACACUACAGUAAAGACCUGCUCUGAUGUUUUCAUUGUAGACUGCUUAGCACUGAAAGUAAAAUUAUUCAUGGUAGUUUUUUAGAAUGCUCAGGAAGAAAGUACAGUACUUGUUCUCUGUAGCACUAAUACACCUCCAAAACUCAACAUUGUUGGUUUCUUCCAUUACAGAUGGGCAGAACUGUGCGAAAUUGUACAAUGAAAGAAUGUACAGUAGAUGUAAAAACUGCAAUUACUGUGAAGGCACGACUUGCGAAUAAUGUAUGAAAAUGUACAGAUUCGGCCAAAAGUGGCAUAUACAGGCUAUAUUUUUAAGAAUGCUGUAAUAAGAUGAAUGAUGAUGAAAAGUGAGCAAACAAAGUUAAACUGUUGGUUUGUGAUCGACACAAAGAAUAGUUUGUGUUUUUGUUGGACAAUCACCACUCAAAGUUCAUAUUAGGCGCAAGCCAACAAACUUGGGUCAAAUAUGCUUUGUUGCCUAUUAGGAAAGAGUCAACUUAUGUAUUAUAUAAAUAUAUACACCUCACUGUUCAUUGGUAAAUUGACAUUAAACAUUCAGCCUAGCAGUGCCACUUCAUUGCAACUCACUAGUUAAUCAUGCGUGGUCCCUGGAGCAUGUGUAUGUGUGACUGACUGGAUGUUUAGAUGUUUGUGAAUUCAUAGUUUGCCCACCAAGAUACAACCUACUGAUGUUAAAUAAUGACUCUCAUUAAAAAACAAACAUGUGCACUGAUGCCAACUAUCUAACUCAUUUAUUGUAGUGCACCAACAGUAGUACAGUGAGACAGAAACAAGGCUUGGAUGUAGCUCAGAGUGGCUCCUCCAUGUCCAGGUAUCAGGUGUCUGUAAGGGACAUUACAAGCACACUGAAUCUGUGCUGAACUGAUUCUAAAGUGUCCAUCCUGCAUCCUAAUAAUGGAGGCAAGGGUCUGAAUAAAAGGGAUUAAUUUAAAAUGGCCAGUAGAGGGAGUAGGUCAGUAGGAUCUUGUUAGCUCAGACAGGGUAUCUGCUGCUUCCUGGAGUUAGAACCUCAGAUUAACAUCAGACUUCAAAUUAAAAAAAACAACUAAACAUAUUUAAAGGGACAUAAAGGUAAAUUGGGGUUAGUAAAAAGUCUUGAUUUGCAUGUAAUUCUGUUCUUAGUUGAAUAAUUACUAUAGAAAUUUGAAUACUUUUAAUGGUCUGAAGAUUUGUUCAUACUUUAUAUGAAUUUGCAGCUACCCUGUCAAUAGUGACAUCAUGUAUGAAAUCAGAUGAUAAAGCACCAGAGUGAGAAGUAGGCAGGUUAGACUUCUCUGCACCAACAAACUGAAUCCUUCUGCAACAGGUACCAGAAAUAAUCAUUACGGUUGUGUUUGUGAUCACUUAGGGAUUUUUCUGUUCUUCAGUAUGCUCCAUUUUGUUUCGUAAUACUUUCACUGUAAAUGACCAUAACUGUGUAAAUCAAGGCAAACUGUCACCUCAAUAAAAGAAGCUUGAAGGAAA